AUGGAUUCGAUACGCCAGAACGGCCAUGUCCAGCAGCAGCAGCCUUUCCCAUAUGGCACUGCUACUCCUGCUCCGACAGAUAAUACCAACUUCAAUACGGUUCAGUUCUCAGACCCGUGGAAGGGAGGGGCUAAUCCUAAUCCCGCUGCAUAUGCUGGAAUGAACAAUGCGGCAUCUAUGGCCGCCGCUCAGGGCGAUCUGGGAGGGCUUAAGCAACCACUCCGACAGAAUAGUGUGUCUUCAUCCUUCGAUCAGCUUUCGCUGAAUUUGCCAACUACAAGAUCACUUCCCUCACAGAACAUCUAUCAAACAGAUUUCAUGCCUGCUACUGCUGGUUUCCCUACAACCUAUGCCGAACAGGCAUCCACUGCUGCUCCAACCGCCAGGGCUACAUCAAAUUAUGCCAUGAAUGGAUACGGUUCCUAUGACCAAACUGUCAAGAAUAACUUGUAUAGCCUCCCACCCUCCCUCAACGAAGACCGAAGAUUGUCUCAUCCUUCACUUUUGUCUUCUGCUGGAAUCAUGGACUCACCUUUGGAACCUCUCCGGCAAAGACAAUCGUCUUUGGUAGAUUAUACUAGACCAGGAGUCACAGCGGGCUCAUACCACACCGCUGAUACUCUCGAUGCUUCUCGAGGAAUGCUUGCAUUGGGCCAAGGAGCUACUCGAUUCAAUCUUCCACACGUUGGUGGCCAUCGGACUUCCAGCUCAGCAGCAUCCACAAACAGCUACUAUCCUCAGUCGACAAGCUCUUCGAUUUCCUCUGCUAGUUCUUAUCCCUACUACUCUGGAUCUAUGGACUCCGCUGGGACAGACAUUACAGCUAUAUCUGAAAUGUAUGAUGGACGUCAUAGUCUGCCUACUCUGCCUCGUCCUGGGCAUCUUCUUGGAGGUCACCACCACCUUUAUGGUCACCAAAGCGGCCAAGCCGCCAUGAUGGGACAGUUUAACAGCCGAGUUCAAUCCAACACUACUAAGAAGCACAAAUGCAAGAUUUGUGACAAGAGAUUUACUCGUCCAUCUUCGCUCCAGACUCAUAUGUAUAGUCACACCGGAGAAAAACCAUUUGCCUGCGAAGUUGAAGGCUGCGGACGACAGUUCUCGGUCGUUUCAAACCUUCGUCGACACAGAAAAGUUCACAAGCCUAACAGCUCUGAUACUGAGACCAUUAGCAAUGCCGGCAGCGUUUGA